AUGGAGGCACCGCUGGCUCCAGGGGCCGCCAACGGCAGCAUACGCUCCCCGAGCCCAGCACCACCGGCGAUCGACCCCCAAAUCAUCGUCGACUAUGUCGAGAAGGUACUUGAAGUCAAUCUCGGAGCUUCAAGUGCGGACCUUCACGCGCCCGGCAGUCUACUUUCGGAGUCUAGGAUCGACGAUACCCUGCAGCGCUGCACUCGUUUCGCCCUUGAGUCGCAGCAGGUUAUUUACUUGGUGAAAGACAGGCUGGACGAGGCUCGCAUUGACGGGCUAGAUGGCGCAAAUGGCGUCACCCAGCACUUUCUCUACACUCUUUCUUCUGAACUUGUAGAUUCUCCCACGUGUGCGGCGUUCGUUGUUAUUUCCAAGCGACCGAUACCCAUAGACCCUGCGAUACCCAUUACCGAACAAGUGCAGAUCACGACGCUGCCCGGCUUUGCCGCAUUCAACACCGCUUCAUCGAAAGAUGCCUCUCCCUACGAGUUCAUACGUUCGAUUCUACAUAAUUCCGUUCAACCGUACUUUAAUACAUUCACGAAAGGCCAGCAGAGCUUGGCAGGGACGUCUUUGAAGGGGGAUAAUGAGGCCAGAUCAGGUAUCCCGGCAGCGCAGAGGAAGUUUCGCGAGCUGGAUUUGACCCUGAGCAACCUGGGAGAUAAUGUGGAAAUUCCGCAGCUGCUGCUGCCCCUGCACCCACUGAUUAAAGCUGCAGUGGAAUCAGCAGAGGCGGAGAAGAAGACUCCAUCACUGGACUAUUUGCCCGCCCCUAUCGUAACAGACAGCGCAUUCUUGAACGGCUUGCAGUCCACAGUCAACGGAUGGAUCAAGUCAAUUCAGACGAUUACCAAAACCGAUCGAAAAGUGUCAACGGGCACGGCCACACAAGAGAUCAACUUUUGGAUUUCGAUGGAAAACAGGUUGGACGAUAUCGAAGCUCAGCUAAGAAGCCCGGGUGUCAAACUAACGCUGGACGUCCUUAAAAAUGCGAAGCGCUUCCAGGCGACAGUCAGCUUCAGCGCGGAUACUGGUUUGAAAGAAACCCAUGACAAGGUGCAGAAGUACAAUCAGCUGAUGCGCGAGUUCCCAAUUGGAGAAUUGUUGUCUGCCACAUCGUUGCAGAAGGUCCAGGAAGCGAUUCAGCAGAUUUUCGGCCACAUCAACAAGAAGCUUCGUAUCUGCCCGUACCCAGUGGAACGUGCCUUGCCUCUUGUGGAAGCCAUCUCCGCGGAUCUCGACAAGGUUUUGCAAGAUUUGCUUAGGGGCAAGGAGCUGAUGGCCAUGGAUUAUCCCGAAUUUCAGUCAGUCAUGGAGGUUGCCGAAGACAUUUGGCGGACUUGGGACGAGAAUGUCAAAGAGUUCACCAAUGUUGCGCGUGAGGUUACCAGGCGAAGGAAUGAGAAAUUCAUCCCGAUCAAGUUCACUGCUCGUCACCGACCGACUGAGGAGCGCAUCCGAUAUGUUGCCACUUUCCGGAAGAACCACGAACAGCUGCAGCGCACCAUAGUAACAGUCUUGGGAUCACAAACCUCACUAGCGGCGUUCUCUGAGGGUGCAGAGGGCAAUCAGUCUGUCAUUGUCGAAGAGAUGGGCGAUGUCGAUGCCGUGAAAGAAGUGGAGAAGGCAUACGACGUUUUGAAGGAUGUUGAUGUGCUUGAUGUCGAGCCUGAGGGAACUCGUCUCUUUGAGCAGGCUGAGCAGAAGUACAACGAGCGUACUUCGCGCGUCGAAAAUUCUAUCAUUGCUAGGCUUAGGGAUCGUCUUGGUACGGCAAAGACGGCUAACGAGAUGUUUCGCGUCUUCUCGAAGUUUAACCCGCUUUUUGUCCGCCCGAAGAUUCGAGGAGCCAUUUCUGAGUAUCAGACUCAGCUUAUCGAGAACGUCAAACAAGACAUUUCGGCGCUUCACGAGCGAUUCAAGCGGCAAUAUGGCAACUCUGAGGCGCACGCUAUGGCGCAGCUGCGCGACUUCCCUCCCGUGUCUGGCGCGGUAAUCUGGGCACGACAAAUCGAGACGCAGCUGGAGAACUACAUGGGCAAAGUUGAAGACAUCCUAGGCAAGGAGUGGGCGCUACAUGCUGAAGGACAGAAGCUGCAGGCUGAGAGCAGUAUGUUCAAGAAGAAGCUCGACACACGACCAAUCUUCGAAUCGUGGAUACAAUCUGUGGCGCGCCAGAAGUUGUCAAUAUCAGGGCGUUUGUUUAUCGUUAGCCGAAAUCGUGCCGCUGGCAACAUCCUUGAAUUGCACGUCAACUUCAAUGCACAAGUAAUUGCGCUCUUCAAAGAAGUUCGGAACCUGACUUGGCGAGGCUACCAAGUGCCCCACGGCAUCAACAACAUUUCAAAAGAAGCCAAGCGAGUGUAUCCUUACGCUGUUAGCUUGAUGGAGAGCGUGCGAACAUACACUCAGACGAUUCAAUCCAUUGUAGAGCUGACAGGCGUUGCUCUCCUACUCUACGGAUACCUGAAUGAUGUGCAAGGGCUCGUCGGAAAGGGUGUCCCUUUGAAAUGGGAAUCUUUUGUGCAUGCUUACGAUCUCCACAUCCGACAACCGGCGUUCUCCACUGGUGCACCUGGUAGCGUACGAACCGAAAGCAAGCACGUUCAAUUUGUACGGGAGUUCGCUGCAUCAACUUCACUACUGCAGACGAAGGUUGCCACCCUCGUAAGCAUCAAUGCGACCGUCCAGAAGGCGCUAAAGGACCUGGAGACAUGUCCGUACAAUGCUGACGCCUUUCGACAACAUUUGGAGAUCGUGCAGCGAUCCGUCGACCAGCUCAACCUCGAGAACUAUGCUAACCUGGGGUCAUGGGUAGCCGCUAUGAACUCGCGCAUUGAGGCCAUUUUACUUGUUCGACUGAAUCGCGCCAUUGCCCAGUGGAUUGAGGUCUUCGCCAACGUCGACCAGGAAGAAGACCGACGACCUACUAGCCAACCUGCACCAAUGGAGAAUUCCGAAGAGAAGCCCAGUCUCUCCCGCUUGACGUUGGAAAUUACUAUGCGCAAUCAGGUCAUCUAUCUCAGCCCUCCUGUCGAAUAUGCCCGCGCCAGCUGGCUCGAACAGCUUCAGCAAUGGCUCGCAGUCAUCUGUACUCUACAGAAGAUCAAAGCCUCGCGGUACGAGAUGCGAGUGGACGCGGCGGAGAACGCGUCUAACAAUCAAUUCUCCAACCUGGCGAGCCUAUGUACAAACGCACUGAUUCAAGUGUACGGCGCUGUGGAAGGCAAGCUCCACGAUAUCUCCUCAUACGUCGAUGAGUGGUUGCAGUUCCAGUCACUUUGGGAUUUGCAAUCCGAUCAUGUCUACGAUAUCUUGGGCGAGGACCUGUCACGCUGGCUACAGCUGCUCCAAGAAAUCCGGAAGACUCGCGAUACCUUCGACACUUCUGACAUCAGCCGCCCGUUUGGUUAUGUUACUGUCGACUACGAGCAGGUGCAGAACAAAGUAAGCGCCAAGUACGACCAGUGGCAGCAAGAGCUACUCGUCAAGUUUGCCGGCAGGCUUGGGCAGCGUAUGGUUGAAAUCUUUGCGCAGAUAGAAAAGGCACGAAAAGACCUAGAGAUGCAGACACUGGAAGCUUCUUCCACGGCGCAGGCAGUAUCUUUCAUAACUGUUGUCGAGCAGUCCAAGCGAAAAGUUCUGGAAUGGGAGCCUGAAAUCGAUGUGUUCCGGCAGGGCAAUUCCACUCUUGUCCGUCAACGUUACCAGACACCGGCUGAUUGGCUGCAUAUGGACCAAAUCGAUCACGAAUGGCAAAUGCUUACUGAUGUUUUGGAGCGGAAGUCGAAGAUUGCGAACGACCAGAGGGAUGCUCUCAGGGGCAAGAUCGAGGCAGAGGAUAAGGUCGUUAAUCAGAAGAUUGCCGACAUCAUUACGGAGUGGAGCGAGCAGAAACCCGUUGCCGGCAAUAUUCGCCCUGCAGAGGCCUCGCAAACACUCGAAACCUUCGAUCGGAAGCUGAACCAGCUGCGGACCGAGUCAGAGAACAUCUCUAAGGCUAAAGAUGCCCUCAACCUUUCGAAGUCCGGCGAGACGGCUCUUAAAGCUGUCCUUGAAGAAGUGCAAGACUUUAAGUCCGUCUGGGCAUCUCUUGCCACGAUCUGGGAGAGCAUCGAUACUCUUCGCGAGACUCUCUGGAACAGCAUCCAACCACGCAAGCUGCGCCAGAAUCUAGACAACCUUCUCAAGAUGACCAAGGAUAUGCCAAGCCGAAUGCGACAAUACCAGGCGUUCGAGUACGUACAGGGCACUUUGAAGCAACUCCUCAAAGAAAACAGUAUUCUCAGCGAUCUGCGAUCUGAUGCCGUACGGGAGCGACAUUGGGUGCGCAUCUUCAAACAGCUCAAACCCUCCAAGCGAUACUCGGCAAUCUCCAUGACAUUGGGUGACGUCUGGGAUCUCAAGCUCGGUCCUAGCGAGAAGAUCAUUCGCGACGUCAUCACACAGGCCCAGGGUGAAAUGGCGCUCGAGGAGUUCUUGAAGCAAGUCCGGGAGACUUGGCAGAACUACAAUCUGGAGCUUGUGAAUUACCAGAACAAGUGCCGCCUCAUUCGUGGCUGGGAUGAUCUAUUCGCAAAGUGCAGCGAGAACCUUAACUCGCUACAGGCUAUGCGGCAUUCCCCGUACUACAAGGAGUUUGAAGAAGACGCAUCUGCAUGGGAGGACAAACUGAACCGCGUACAUGUGCUCUUCGAUGUCUGGAUUGAUGUACAGCGUCAAUGGGUGUAUCUCGAGGGUGUUUUCACGGGCAAUGCUGACAUCAAGCACUUGUUGCCGAUGGAGUCUUCACGUUUCCAGAACAUCAACUCGGAGUUCCUGUCUGUGAUGAAGAAGGUGUCCCGACAGCCAUUCGUCCUUGAGGUGCUGAACAUCUCAGGUGUGCAAAAGUCUCUUGAACGCCUUGCAGAACUCCUCAACAAGAUUCAGAAGGCUCUCGGAGAGUACCUGGAGCGAGAGCGUGUGUCAUUCCCUCGCUUCUACUUCGUCGGUGACGAGGAUCUUCUUGAGAUCAUUGGUAACAGCAACGACACACUCCGUAUUGCCAAGCAUCUUAGGAAGAUGUUCGCGGGAAUCUCUGGGCUCAUAACCGAUGAGGAUGGUAUCAUUACGGGCUUUACCUCGAAGGAGGGUGAAGAGGUGAUGCUUCGAAAAGAGGUAAACCUGGUCAAGACGCCGCGGAUCAACGAGUGGCUGGGCGCUUUGGAACUGAACAUGAAGACGACGCUGGCGGAGCUUUCAUUCGAAGCCUACCAAGAGUUUGAACAGCUAAUGGCACCCGAUGCAAUGGAUCCUGUAGCCUUCGACGCUUAUAUUCACAAGUACCCUGCCCAGGUUGUCGUACUCGGAACACAAAUCGCUUGGUCACACGCAGUCGAGAAGUCCCUCAACGAGGAGGGUAUAUCGUUGCCGCAGUUGUAUGAGAAGCAAGUCAACAUCCUGAAACUUCUCGCAACUUCCGUGCUCGGCGACCUCGAGGCCAUCCAGCGAAGGAAAUGCGAACAUCUGAUCACCGAGUUCGUUCACCAGCGAGACGUUAUCCACAAGCUCCAGAAGGUUGGAGCAAGUUCGCCCACUCACCACUUGUGGCUACUCACUAUGCGCUACAUGUAUGAGCCACACGACGACUUGCUGAAGCGGAUGAAGAUCAAGAUGGCGAAUGCGGUCCUAGACUACGGUUACGAAUACCUUGGUGUUGCAGAACGUCUCGUCCGCACUCCACUCACGGAUCGUUGUUUCCUCACCCUGACACAGGCCUUGUGCCAGCGUCUUGGAGGCUCCCCGUACGGACCUGCAGGUACUGGCAAGACGGAGUCGGUCAAGGCCUUAGGAGUGCAACUGGGCCGCUUCACACUUGUCUUCUGCUGCGAUGAUACUUUCGACUUCCAAGCCAUGGGUCGUAUUUUCCUUGGUAUCUGCCAAGUCGGUGCCUGGGGUUGUUUCGAUGAAUUCAAUCGUCUCGAAGAGCGCAUCUUGUCUGCCGUCUCUCAGCAGAUCCAAAACAUCCAGCUGGGUUUGCGUACGGGUGCUGAAGACGAGAAAGCACAGAUUGACCUGAUCGGACGCCAACUUAGGGUCAACCUCAACACUGGUAUCUUCAUCACAAUGAACCCUGGAUACGCUGGACGUUCGAACCUGCCUGAUAACUUGAAGAAGCUCUUCCGAAGUGUUGCCAUGUCCAAACCGGACAAAGAGCUCAUCUCUGAAGUCAUGCUCUACUCGCAGGGUUUCUCCCAGGCCAAAGAGCUGUCGAAGCAAGUCGUUCCGUUCUUCGACAAGUGCUCCGGCACACUUUCUAAACAGGCGCACUACGACUUUGGUCUACGGGCAUUGAAGAGUGUGCUUGUUAGCUCCGGUGGUCUGAAGCGAGCCCGUAUCGCCACAGUAGGAUCGCAAGAAUCUGACGAAGCUGUCAUGGAGCCUCAAAUCAUCAUUCAGAGUCUGCGCGAAACCAUGGCACCGAAAUUGAUUGCUUCGGACGCCGAGAUCAUGAAGUCUAUUGAAGGCGACUCGUUCCCUGGCGUGGAAUACAUUCCUGCACCUCUAAACAAACUCGAAGAGGCUAUCCGCAAGUCAGCCGAAGAGUCCAAGUUCGUGGUUAGUGAUGCUUGGAUGACCAAGAUCAUCCAACUCUACCAGAUCCAGAACCUUCACCACGGUGUCAUGAUGGUCGGUUCCUCCGGUUCUGGUAAAUCUGCAGCCUGGAAGACUCUGCUUGCCGCCCUUCAGACCGUGGAAGGCGUAGAAGGAGUAUGCCACGUCAUUGACCCCAAGGUCAUGUCCAAGGAGGAAUUGUACGGAAGCAUGGACAGCACCACUCGCGAAUGGACUGACGGACUUUUCACGAGCAUUCUGCGAAAGAUCGUCGACAACCUUCGUGGUGAAGACAGCAAGCGCCAUUGGAUCGUCUUCGAUGGUGAUGUUGACCCUGAAUGGGUUGAGAACCUGAACUCCGUCCUCGACGAUAACAAGCUCCUUACUCUACCUAACGGUGAGCGUCUCAACCUGCCUUCAAAUGUUCGCAUCAUGUUCGAGGUCGAAACUCUGAAGUACGCUACACUGGCUACAGUGUCGCGUUGCGGUAUGGUAUGGUUCAGCGAUGACACGGUCGAAGUUGAGAUGAUGAUUAAGAACUACAUUGAGAACCUCAGGACCGUUCCUUUCGAUGACAUUGAGGACGACUCCGUGGCCCCGGGCCAGAUGUCCCAGAAGACGCUCGCUACACAGAAUCUAAUCGCCGAAUUCCUGCUUAUAAAGCUAACCCAGGACAAAUUUAUCGAGAAGGCGCUUAGUAUGGCGAGGAAGUUUAAGCAUAUCAUGGAGUACACCGAAAUCCGCGCUCUGAACACUCUCUUCUCCCUACUCAACAAAGCCUGCCGCAAUGUGCUCGAGUACAACGUUCAGCAUCAAGAUUUCCCGCUUGAGGAUGAGAAGAUGGAAGCCUACAUUUCUAAAAAGCUGCUACUCGCAUUGGUAUGGGCUCUUGUCGGCGAUUGCCCUCUGUCCGAGCGCAAACAGUUUGGCGAUCUCAUUGCCGGCCUCACCGAUGUUGAACUUCCAUCACUGAACGAGUCAACCUCGCUCAUCGACUUCGAUGUCAAGCCCGACAAGUCGGACUGGGACAUGUGGCAGAACCAGGUGCCGACCAUGGAAGUCAACACACACUCUAUCAUCCAGACAGAUGUGGUUAUCCCAACUCUCGACACUGUUCGCCACGAAGAUGUCCUAUACUCCUGGCUCGCCGAACACAAACCCCUCCUUCUCUGUGGUCCGCCAGGUUCCGGUAAAACCAUGACUCUCUUCAGCGCUCUACGCAAGCUGCCGAACAUGGAAGUUGUCGGUCUCAACUUCUCCAGCGCUACAACUCCCGAUCUUCUCGUCAAGACUUUCGAGCAAUAUUGCGAAUACAAGAAGACUCUUAACGGAGUGCAGCUCUCACCUACCCAGGUUGGCCGAUGGCUUAUCAUCUUCUGUGACGAGAUCAAUUUGCCAGCACCCGAUAAGUAUGGUACCCAGCGAGCUAUCUCCUUCCUAAGGCAGCUCGUGGAACAGAACGGUUUCUGGCGGACAUCCGAUAAGACUUGGGUCACACUGGACCGCAUCCAAUUCGUUGGUGCUUGCAACCCGCCAACUGAUGCUGGGCGCACGCCAAUGGGUCUCCGUUUCCUCCGCCAUGCUCCGCUUAUCAUGGUCGACUACCCUGGCGAGCAGUCCCUGCUUCAGAUUUAUGGCACUUUCAACAGCGCUGUAUUAAAGAUCAUCCCCACUUUACGCGGUUACGCAGAAGCCUUGACAAAAGCUAUGGUGCAAUUGUACUCGGAGUCACAGAAGCGCUUUACUCCCGAUAUCCAGCCGCACUACGUCUACUCGCCUCGUGAGCUGACUCGUUGGGUUCGCGGUAUAUACGAAGCCCUGCGUCCGCUUGAGACCCUGCCUGUUGAAGGUCUUGUGAGAAUUUGGGCGCACGAAGCUCUUCGGCUGUUCCAGGAUCGUCUGAUCGCCGAGGACGAACGCAAAUGGACCGAGGAAUGUGUUCACCGCGUAGCAAUGGAACACUUCCCUACCAUUAACGAGGACAAGGCUCUUGGUGGGCCCAUUCUGUUCUCCAAUUGGCUGUCCAAGAAUUACGUGCCCGUUGAGCGCGAUCAAUUGCGCGACUUCGUCAAGGCACGUCUCAAGACUUUCUGUGAAGAAGAAGUUGAUGUUCCGUUAAUCCUAUUCAACGAUGUUCUUGAGCACGUACUCCGUAUCGAUCGUGUGUUCCGACAGCCGCAGGGUCAUUUGAUCUUGAUUGGGGUCAGCGGUUCAGGAAAGACUACAUUGUCCCGCUUCGUCGCCUGGAUGAACGGACUGAAGGUGUAUCAGAUCAAGGUCCAUGGGAAAUACUCUGGUGAAGACUUUGAUGAAGACUUACGUAAUGUACUCCGUCGAUGUGGUUGCAAGGGUGAAAAGAUCUGCUUCAUCAUGGACGAAGCUAACGUGUUGGACUCUGGAUUCCUCGAGCGCAUGAACACCCUGCUUGCCAACGCUGAGGUUCCUGGUCUUUUCGAAGGGGAUGAGUACGCCUCCUUGAUGACCGCUAUCAAAGAAGGAGCGCAACGCCAAGGCACGAUCCUUGACUCACAGGAAGAACUCUACAAGUGGUUUACUGGACAGAUUGUCAAGAACCUUCACGUUGUCUUCACGAUGAACCCACCUGAAGAAGGUCUUUCGUCCAAGGCUGCCACCAGUCCUGCCUUGUUCAACCGUUGUGUUCUCAACUGGAUGGGCGACUGGUCUGACCAAGCACUUUAUCAGGUCGGCAGUGAACUCACGCAGUCUGUGGAUCUGGAUCGCGCCAAUUACAACGCACCCGACAGCAUCCCUGUCGCCUAUCGUGGUCUUACCCUUCCUCCGUCACAUCGCGAAAGUGUGGUCAACGCUAUGGUUUACGUCCACCACUCUCUGCACGGGUUUAACAGCAGACUGCAGAAGCAGCAGAACAAGAAGACGUAUCUCACCCCUCGCCAUUUCUUGGACUUUGUGGCACAGUACGUUAAAUUAUACAACGAGAAGCGCGAAGAACUCGAGGAACAACAGCGCCAUCUCAACGUUGGUCUUGAGAAGCUUCGCGAAACGGUCGAUCAGGUUCAAGAACUUCGAAUUAGCCUAGCGCAGAAGAAGACGCAAUUGGAGAAGAAGGAUGCCGAAGCUAACGACAAGUUGCAGCGCAUGGUUGCCGACCAGCGAGUAGCGGAGCAGAAGAAGUCAAGUUCUAUCGAAGUCUCAGCUAAGCUCGCUCAGGAGGAUAUUGAAAUUCAGAGGCGUCAAGAGGAGGUGAAUAAUGACCUCGCCGCAGCCGAACCUGCUGUGAUGGAGGCUCAGAAGGCUGUGCAGAACAUCAAGAGACAGCACCUUACCGAAGUCCGAUCCAUGGGCAAUCCGCCUAUGGGUGUCAAGCUGGCUCUAGAAGCUGUCUGCACGCUUCUCGGCAAUAAGGUCUCUGACUGGAAAUCGAUUGUGGCCAUUGUGAGGAAAGACGACUUCAUUGCUAAUAUCGUCAACUUCGACAACGAGAGACAGAUGACCGCCCCACUCCGUAAGAAGAUGAUGAACGAGUAUCUCUCCAAAGAGGACUUCACUUUCGAGAAGGUUAAUCGCGCUUCAAAGGCCUGCGGUCCACUUGUGAAAUGGGUUGAGGCUCAGGUGCACUACUCUGACAUCUUGGAUCGUGUUGGACCUCUUCGUGCCGAAGUGGAGCAAUUGGAGGAAGCCGCACAGGUGACGAAAGACGAGGCAAAGGAGACUCAAGCCCUGAUCCAGAAGUUGGAGGACAGUAUUGCUCAGUACAAGACGGAAUAUGCUGCGUUGAUCAGCGAGACCCAGGCUAUCAAAUCUGAGAUGAAGACGGUUGAGUCCAAGGUCGACCGUAGUUUGAAGUUGCUCGACAGUCUCUCCUCUGAACGAACACGUUGGGAAGAAAGCAGCCGCUCAUUCGACUCUCAGAUCGAUACCAUUGUCGGCGACGUACUUGUUGCGGCUGCCUUCAUUGCUUACGGAGGAUACUAUGACCAGCAGUAUAGGAAGGGCAUGAUGGAGGACUGGCUGCACCACCUUUCGCUAUCGGGCAUUACUUUCAAGACACCAAACCCGAUCACCGAGUACCUAUCUACGCCUGACGAGAGACUGACAUGGCAGCACAACGGUCUACCAGUUGACGAUCUCUGCACCGAGAACGCCAUUGUCCUCAAUCGUUUCAACCGUUACCCUCUUAUCAUUGACCCCUCUGGCCGAACACAAGAGUUCCUGGAGAACGAGAACAAGGACCGCCGACUCACCGUAACCAGCUUUUUGAGUGACUCCUUCACGAAGCAGCUCGAGAGUUCUCUACGUUUCGGUAACCCCAUUUUGAUUCAGGACGCAGAACAUCUCGACCCUAUCCUCAACCAUGUUCUUAACAAGGAGUACCAGAAAACCGGAGGUCGUGUGCUCAUCCAGCUUGGCAAACAAGAGAUCGAUUUCUCGCCUUCAUUCAAAAUUUACCUCUCUACGCGCGAUCCGUCUGCCAACUUUGCUCCGGACAUUUGUAGUCGUACCACCUUUGUCAACUUCACGGUUACGCAGAGCAGCUUGCAAACACAAACGCUCAAUGAGGUACUCAAGUCGGAGCGACCGGACGUCGAUGAGCGGCGAACAAACCUCAUCAAGAUGCAGGGCGAGUUUGCCGUCCAUUUGCGACAGCUGGAGAAGCGCCUGCUUCAAGCCCUUAACGAGUCUCAAGGAAAUAUUCUCGACGAUGAUCGCGUUAUCGAGACGUUGGAGACUUUGAAGAAAGAGGCUGCAGAAAUUUCAGUCAAGGUCUCAGAGACUGCUGGCGUUAUGACAGAAGUGGAAAACAUCACGAAAGAGUACACCGUCGUUGCUCGCUCAUGCUCGGCUAUUUUCGCGGUAUUGGAGCAAUUGCACCACCUCAAUCACUUCUACCAGUUCUCGCUGCAGUACUUCACAUCAAUUUUCGAUACCGUGCUACAAAAGGUCAAGAAGUCGAACAUCUCCGGUCAUGAAGCUCGUAUUACUCAAAUCAUCACCGAUCUAUUCAUCGACACGUACCGCCGUACCUCGCUCUCUCUGCUUCAGAAGGAUCGCGUCACACUGGCGAUGCUACUGGUUCAAGCCGCGCCUUACAAGAUGGACAAGACUCUGAUCGAUGUCAUCCUUGACGACGACCUGGAAGGUGUUGAUCUUUCCUCGCAGCCUGAACGUAAAGAUGAGGUCAUGAUCCGUGCAGGUAAAGUGUCCGUCUUUAAAUCUGAGCUCGAGAAGGUGGAUGACGUUUCAUGGGAAACUUUCCUCGCUGAAGAACUGGGAGAGCGCCACGUACCCCAGACCUGGCCGGCCGAUCUCAACAACUACGACAAACAGCUGCGCGCACUCGUCCUUGUCAAACUGUUCCGAGUUGACCGCUUCGUUCCCGCUGUUGAGCGUUUUGUUACCGACGUCUUUGGCAAGGGUCUAUUAGAUGCGAGUGGCGACCUGGGUGACAUCGUCAAGCAAGUCAACGCAACCACGCCGGUCGCUCUGAGCUCCAGCCCAGGUUUCGAUGCCAGCUACAAGGUCGACAACCUUGUCGAGAGGGAACGCGUUACCUGCUCCAACAUCGCCAUGGGUUCUAACGAAGGUGCUGCUACUGCCGACAAGGCGAUUGCCAAUGCUGCAACGACUGGUAAUUGGGUCCUUGUCAAGAACGUGCAUCUAGCUACAGAGUGGCUUCAGUCGCUUGAGAAGAGGCUCGAAGCUCUCAAACCUAAUCCUGACUUCCGUCUCUUCCUGUCGAUGGAGUCCAGUCCGAAGAUUCCUGUCAACUUAUUGCGCGCUUCUCGUGUCUUGUCGUACGAACAACCAGCCGGUAUCCGUGCCAACAUGAAAGACUCUUUGGCUUCGCUAUCUGAGAGGGCUGUCAAGCACCCGGUCGAGAAGGCUCGUGUCUACCUUCUACUGUGCUUCUUCCACGCGGUUGUGCAAGAGCGUCUGCGAUAUGCGCCUACCUUGGGAUGGAAAGGCUUCUGGGAGUUCAACGAUAGUGAUUAUGAAUGCUGCAGCUUCAUCGUCGACACCUGGGUGGACAAUGUCGCUCAAGGCCGAUCCAACGUCGCUCCCACCAAGAUCCCAUGGGACAUGAUUCGCACGCUUGUGACCGAAAUGUACGGCGGCAAGAUCGAUGACGAAGCCGAUUUCCGCACGCUGGCCUCCCUCGUCGAACAAUGCCUGACGCCCGCGGCUUUCGAAGAUAAUUUCAAGAUCGUUCCCGAUACAGAGCAGAGCCAGGGUUUGGAGCUUCCCAGCGCUACCGGCUGGAAGGACUUCAUGGGCUGGGUCAACGACCUGCCUGAGCGCGAGCCCCCAACGUACCUUGGCUUGCCGGCGAAUGCGGAGAAGCUGUUGCUGGUUGGGCAGGCGAAGAGUAUGGUGGCGAAUUUGAAGAGGGUGGUGGAUAUGUUGGAUGAGGGGGAGCAGGUUAUGGCGGAGGCGGAGGGUGAGGCCUCUUCGAAACCAGAGGACGAAGAUACGCAGGAGCAGGGUAUCAUACCACUCACGCCCAACAACGAAGACCUCAAGCCGGAGAUCGAGAACCUCGAAGUGCCAGUCAGAAGCUACAGGGACGGCGCCGCGACAAGCUCACAGAUAGACCACGCAGCACAAGGUCCAGGUGCUUGUGGCAGUGGCCCAGCAGUCCGACUGGGCAGCACGAACCCCACCAACAUGUCAGCCACAACCGAACUCAUCAGCGUCCGCUGCUUCGUCAGAGCACACAAUCUCGAAACUGCGCUGAAUAAUCUUCCAUCUGCUAAUGAGCUGGCUGUCGCACCGCAAACUAAUGUCCCACCCGAACACCCCUUCAAGCUCUUCAUAGGGAUUCGUGAUAAUGGCUCAGUCUGGAUUGGUCUGACUACGACCCCUAAGCGAGGCUUUGGUCCAGGCUUCAAGGUCUUCAUCACUACGUGGAACACUGUCACAUCUCACACUUCCGAUGUUCUGGAGAAGGUCGACCUGUUUCAGCCGUUCAAGAGGCUGUGGGAAAGGACAAGCGUGUGCACUGGGGUGGAAAGUUCCUGGAAAGAAAAUAGGAGGGGAAUGCUGAAAGGCUUUGCGUAUUGGUACCUGCUGGUGGAGGCGGAGAGGGUGGGGAGGAAAUUGUUGGUGCCGGGUCCAAUAAGGAAAUACCUGGUGGAGGGUUUGAAGAAGGUUGGCGUUGAGGCUUACAGUGUCGAGGAAAGAGCACUGGGGAAGAAUGAACCCACGAAGGGGCACGACUUACGGAAAGAACGAGUCACCAAAAAGAGGCGAGUUGCGGAAAUCGACGAUGAGGAACAAGGACCGCAGUCGCCAGGCGCAAGUGUCGAGCAACCACAAAUAUGGCACUCUGAGGCUGUGGGUGAAGAAUAUGCCAGUCAGGGUGUGAGGAACACGCUUCCCAGUGAUCAGCCAUCAACCUCGGAACGGGCGAGCGGUACCUCCGAUGGCCAUACAGACAGCAACUUGCAAGUCCAGAACAAAGACCACAUGGUUUCACAGUCGGGAAAUCCCGCUCGUAUCACGCCGCCAGAGAAUGCGACGUCGCUUCUCAAGAGUUUCCAGAGGCCGCCGCAGCAAUUGCCACCACGAGAGGUCUCAAAUACUUGGCCAUAUGGUUUCUCACGACCAAUAAUUCGGCCAGUUACUCCGUCCGGUACUUCCGGUGUCGAGAUUGAAGCAGGCUCUCAUCACCUCAACGCCAAUUUCGAGGACGGCGACUGUGCAUCCACUUCAGCAACACAGGGGCCGUCGCAAGGUAACCAGCAGAUUUCGUCGCCAAGCUCUAGCAUCGGUGGUAUGACACAACUCGAUGAGUUCGAGAAGUUGAAAGAAAUGCUGGCCGUUGACACCGCUCUGCACGCGGAAUAUCGGUACCAGCUUGCCAAGGCUGAGGCACUGAAGCGACAAUUAGAGGAGCAUAGGGAUGAGAUUCGAAAGGAUAUGGCUGAGGCGGUGGCGGCUAGGAUGGCAUGA